UUUAUAGGUAAGUAAUAUUUGCCAACUUUUAGCUUAUUUAAAACUUUCCCACCUCCAUUAAUGCUGUUGUAUAGCCAUUGUUUGAAUUUAUAUCUUGUAUAUUCUUGUUGAUUUAUGCUCCAUUGAUGCAUAUUUAUCUUUUGGGUCAAAGCUUUGCUUUUUUUUUUUUUUUUUUUUUUUUUUCUCUGACCAAAUCAAAAUUAGAGUUUCCCCCUCUUUUUUCAAUCAAAUAUUGAGUGAUCUUUGUGGACAACCACGAGAGAUAAAUUUUUGGUUAUGCAGCCGACCCCAUCUUUUCGGGAUUAAAUAAUCCUUUUGCAUUGCAUUGUUGUUGUUGUUGUGUGUAUUGGACUCAAUUUUUUUAGCUUGACAUUGCUAAGCAAAUAAUGCCUUCAAGACCCAUUUCACCAGAUCAAAAAACCACUGCAAAUACAAGAUCUAAAGUAGUUCUUCUUGCAAUAACAAUCUCAGCAGCAGCAAUUUUCUUGAUGACUAUAGUAUACAUCCUAUACCAUUUAUGGGAUACCUUUUUUCGUCGUUCAAGAACCAACCCUUUUGACUCAGCUCCUACUUUGAAGCUCCAAAAAUUUAGUUACAAAGAGCUGAAAUCAGCUACCAAUAAGUUCAACCCAGAUAACUCCAUUGGUAAGGGGGGUUUUGGUACGGUUUUUCGAGGGAUUUUAAAGGAUGGGAAGUCUGUGGCAAUCAAGAAACUUGAUGCUGCAUCUUCUUUACAAGCUGAGAGGGAGUUUCAAAGUGAGCUUACUAUACUUGGUUCCAUUAGAUCACCUCAUAUAGUGUCAUUGUUGGGGUAUUGUAUUGAGAAGAAUAAGAGGGUUUUGGUGUAUGAGUAUAUGCCUAAUCGUAGUGUUCAAGACUUGUUAUUUAGUGAUGUGAAUGUGAGUUUAGGGUGCAUGAAUUGGGAGAGGAGGUUCCAGAUUAUUCAGGAUGUGGUUAGAGCGCUCGAGUUUUUGCAUAAUGAGUGUGACCCUCCUGUGAUUCAUGGUGAUAUUAAGCCUAGUAAUGUGUUGCUUGAUUGGGAUUUUAAGGCAAAAAUAUCGGAUUUUGGGUUGUCGAGGGUGAAGGUGGAGGAUGAAGUUGGGAUUGAUUUGUUUAGUCAGGAAUUGGGUAAGAGUCAAGAAUUGUGGAAGACCCAAGAUCUUUCUGGGAAUUUGAAUGGUGAAACCACCCCUACUGUUGGAACUCCUCCAAUUGAAGGUCAUUGUAGUAGUGGUGAGGUUGAUUUUGCUUUGGCUUUGCAAGCAUCUAGCUCAUCUAAGCAUGUCAAGGGUUCCCAUAACACGAACGGCUUGAGUAGUGCUAAUUCAUUGAGCUAUAACUGUAGUAGCAAAGCCAGUCCGAAAGGGAAAGAAGUUUUGGUGGAAGAUAUUGUUGGUUCAUAUGAUCCAGAGUUUUCUAGUGUUGAGCAUAGUAAAGAGCUUGGUGUGGAUGACGCCGGAGAGGGAAAACAAUGGGGGAAAGAUUGGUGGUGGAAACAGGAUGAUAGUAGUGAAGUGUGCAGCAAAGAUUAUGUUAAUGAAUGGAUUGGCACCCAAGUUUGUGGUUCAACGAAUCGGGAUUGGGAGAGUAGUAUGAGCUCGCCAAUGGAAUUCAACCUAGGCUAUUCACCUCAGCUGGAUAAAUUAGAAGAAGAGAAGGAAGAACUUGGUUGCCCUGAUGAAAAGGGGUUUGAGCCAAAGGACAAAAGCAUUCAGAAGAACAAACCUAGGAAAAUGCAAGAUUGGUGGAGACAGGAGAAACUUGAUGAAUUGAGCAAAAAAGGAAGUAAGCGAAAGAGUCUUGAAAGCAAGAUGCGGAAAAGAAUCAGAGUGCCACAUUUUGGCUUAGGUCGACAAUUUUGCAUCUUCAACAGAAGAAGUUUAAAGGAACAUAACCAGGAAGAUAACAGCCUAAAACACGAGUUUAGUUUCAAGAAGGUUUGGAAGAAAAAACAUACACGUUCGAUGGGAAGUGAGUUGAGUGGAGAAUUAUUCAGUAGGGAGUUGAGCAGUACAACUAGUAUGAGAGGCACUUUAUGCUAUAUAGCCCCAGAAUAUGGAGGAUGUGGUUACUUGAUGGAGAAGGGUGAUAUAUACAGCUUAGGUGUUCUUGUGCUAGUGAUAAUUUCUGGUAGAAGGCCAUUGCAUGUUUUGAAUUCACCUAUGGAGUUUGAGAAAGCGAACUUGGUAAGUUGGUGUAGGCAUUUAGCUCAAGUUGGAAAUGUUUUAGAGCUUGUAGACGAGAGACUGAAAGAUGCAUACAAUAAGGAGCAGGUGACAUUGUGUAUUAAUUUGGCCUUGGCAUGUUUGCAAAGAUUGCCAGAACUGCGUCCAGAAAUUGGAGAUAUUGUUAGGAUUUUGGGAGGAGAAAUGGAUCUCCCGCCAUUACCAUUUGAGUUUUCUCCCUCCCCACCUUCUAAAUUUUACAGCAGGUCGAGGAGAAGACAAUCAGAGUAACCUCUUUAUCUUAAUUCAUCAUGUAUUUAUCUGCAUGUAAAAUAAAAAGGUGAAUGAACCAUCAGUAGAAGGAAAUGGCUUGCUGAUGGAAAUAAUUCCUUUGUAUUGAAUACUGAAUAAUGUAAGCUUGAUUAGCUGUACAUUUUAGUGUCAUUUUCCCUUU